AUGGCUAACAUCAUCUCUGAUUCUCUUACAACAUCCUCAAGAGGUACUUCCAUCACAAUGAUUCAUACCACCUCAAGGCUCAGACCUGGCUGUAAAUUCACCAAACCGUUAUCUAUCAAGCGAUCAAAUAAACAGCUAUCUGUCCAAGAAGAGCCCAUUAAUACACAAUCUCUAGGAAAAAUUUUCACCUGUUGA